GUGUUGAUGAUAUAGCAAAAAGGCGUCGUGUACUUUGUUUUUUAAUCUCCAAAUCGCUCGUCGGAGAUUAACUCGGCGUGGUAUAGAAAUCAGGGGCCGCGCGGCGCAAAGCAGUGCGCGAUGAGUUACGACGGCGACCACACGCAGCAUCAUCACUCUUUGCGACCCUCCUUCCUGGUCGACGACAUUCUCAGGAAGGAGCAGCACCACCAAGCAGCCCUGCCCUUCCGCCCUUUGCCCGCCUACGCCCCGCCGUGGCUGUGGAGCCAGCAACCGACGCCUCUCACAACCUACUUCCACCCUUACAGAGGGUUUCUGCAGCCGCAGUGGUUUCACCUGCGGCCAAACAAGAGAAAGGGUGGCCAGGUGCGGUUCUCCUCGCAACAAAGUGCUUUGCUCGAGAGGAAAUUCAAAGAACAACAGUACUUGAGCCCGGAACAAAGGCGACAACUGGCCGAGGCGCUCUCGCUCACCGAGAGACAAAUCAAGACCUGGUUUCAAAACAGAAGAGCUAAAUGGAGAAGGUCUAAAGACGGCACCCAGGAAUGUAGCAGCUCGUCUGACACGGAAUCAAAUUCUCUCUCGCACAGUAAUGAUGCUGGAGUCUCAAAAAAGACUGUAAAUUUUUCUGAAUCUGCUAACUUUGGUCAUGGAAAAAUGUCUGAAUCGUUUGAAUGUGGCGCAAGUCCCGUGAAUAAAGUUUGAUUUUUUUUCUUGU